CUUCUUUGGCACACGCUUCGCGGCUCACUCACCGGUGUCUUUGCUCCGUCAGCGCUUCACUUCAGCGGUUUUGUCUCAACUUGUCAGCAGGUCCUGCAACAUGUCCAUUGUUAAGAUCCACGCCCGAGAGAUCUUCGACUCCCGUGGAAACCCCACUGUGGAGGUCGACCUCUACACUGACAAAGGCUUGUUCAGGGCAGCUGUACCAAGCGGUGCUUCUACUGGCAUCUAUGAAGCUUUGGAGCUCAGGGAUAAUGACAAGUCUCACUACCUUGGGAAAGGAGUCUCACAGGCUGUAAACCACAUAAAUUCAACUAUUGGACCUGCACUUGUUGGCCAAGAUGUGUCUGUGGUUGAGCAAGAAAAAAUUGACCAGAUGAUGAUUGACAUGGAUGGUACAGAGAACAAAUCCCAAUUUGGAGCAAACGCUAUUCUGGGUGUGUCCCUGGCUGUUUGCAAGGCUGGUGCAGCAGAGAAAGGAGUCCCCCUGUAUCGUCAUAUUGCUGACCUGGCAGGAAACCCAAAGGUCAUCUUGCCUGUGCCGGCCUUCAAUGUGAUCAAUGGCGGCUCCCAUGCAGGCAACAAGCUUGCCAUGCAGGAGUUCAUGAUCCUGCCCAUCGGUGCCAGCACCUUUAAAGAAGCCAUGCGCAUCGGAGCUGAGGUCUACCACAAUCUCAAGAACGUCAUCAAGAAGAAGUACGGCCAGGAUGCCACCAAUGUGGGCGAUGAAGGCGGCUUUGCCCCAAACAUCCUUGAGAACAAGGAAGCUCUGGAGUUAAUCAAGGAGGCCAUUUCCAAAGCAGGAUACACAAAUGAGGUUGUGAUUGGCAUGGAUGUGGCAGCAUCUGAAUUCUACAGGGACGGAAAAUACGACCUGGACUUCAAGUCUCCUGACGAUCCCAGUCGUUACAUCACUCCUGACGAGCUGGCUGAUCUCUACAAGAGCUUUGUUAAGGAUUAUCCAGUGGUGUCCAUCGAGGAUCCUUUCGACCAGGACGACUGGGCGGCCUGGAGCAGCUUCACUGGAAGCACAGAAAUCCAGGUGGUAGGAGACGAUCUCACAGUGACCAACCCUAACCGCAUCACCAAAGCGGUUGAUGAGUCUGCCUGCAACUGUCUGCUGCUUAAAGUCAACCAGAUUGGCACGGUUACUGAGUCUAUGAGAGCGUGUAAGAUGGCCCAGGAGAGCGGCUGGGGAGUGAUGGUCAGUCAUCGCUCUGGUGAAACUGAGGACACCUUCAUUGCAGAUCUGGUGGUUGGCCUGUGCACUGGACAGAUUAAGACCGGGGCCCCCUGUCGCUCUGAGCGUUUGGCCAAAUACAACCAGAUUCUGAGAAUUGAAGAGGAGCUGGGAGACGAGGCUUGUUUCGCUGGGAAAAACUUCAGAAAGCCGUUAGAGUAAAGCAUUUACCUCACAUACGGAUGAAAUGCGUAACAACACAUCAAGUAAUAAUGAUAAACACUUUAGAGCAAAAACGGUUAAUGUAGAACUACUCACAUACUGAUGGUGUUAAUGAAUUUAUAGAAAUAAAGUCACUGGAUUUGUGUUUUCAAUCAAGUCUUCUAGCGUUUUCUGUUUUUAAUGUGAAGUAAAUUAUAGACCUGAUUAUAACUUGAGUAAUAUUUAUUUAAAACACAAACAAAUUAUCAUAAAUGCUGCACUUGGUGACACGGCUUAUAAUAAAAAGUUUCUUUUUGA